UAUUUAGCGUGCGUCGUGCUCCACGUGAACGUUCCGCGUAUAAACUUUAAGAAAAAUUAAAAACAAAUAGCCAAAUACAGCUAUAAACGGUCGGCUCCAAUAAAUUGGGCACUAACUAAGCGAGUGUUUGACAAGAAGAAUAAAUUGAAUUUUCAUGUGUUCACAUUCAUUUAAUUAGAUAUAUGGGCAACAUGUGAGGUUAAAACAGACAACCACCCAUUCAACAAUACAUUUCUGACUAAAAUUCCCCAAAACCUCAAAGAAAAAGGCAACAACCGAAAUCGCAGCACGGCCGCAGAAAGUGAACACGUUUUUAUCUUCCCCUAGAAUACAUUUUUUAAAUAGGAUAAUUUUAAAUCAAUCAUAUACCUUGUCUUGGCUGCACUGUUAUUGAAAAAAAUAUCUAACCAAACACGGUUGAAGCGCAGAUAUUAACAGUUUGAAACAAAUUUUUCUUUUACAAGGUACACUUUCUGAUUUGGCCGUCAUAAUUUACAAUUGUGUCAUAUUAUGGACUCAAGACUUUUAAAUGUUGUUUAUGAUGAUCCGUUUGAUGGAAACUAUUCAAAAUACGACAACGAUGCAGAAUUUUGGUCCAGUGGAAGCGAUACAAUGGGUAUGCAACUAACAGAGACAUUACAUGGCAUAUUACCGAUUGCGCCAACAGAUGACUUUUGCAAAGAUGAUGCAGCCUCGACGGCAAUUACUUUGCAGCAUAGUAAAAAUGUGUUUAAUUAUGAGGACUUUGCUGGUCGUCAUAUAACAGCUGGUGGAGCCAUAGAAGUAGUAACCGUUGAUCCAAAUGCUGAUGGCUUUGACACUGACAGUGAGGAAGAUAUUGGUGACAGUGGAGUGUAUAGUGGUCUUAUAGAAUUAGAUCGCCAAAGCCAAAGCAGUAAUUUAACUUUUCGUACAAGAACGGACAGUUCUUCUAUUGGUGACUACGAAUCACAUACAAGCGACUAUGAUGAUGAUGAUGAUGAGGACAAUAUAAAUAGCAAAAAUUUAACAAAUAAAUCACAAAUUGAAUUAAAUUCUAAUGCAUCGAUUUUAGAUAUAAAGGCAUCUUUAGUUCCUCCGGACGAUUUAGUUAUGAACAUACUACCAAAAUCGUAUCACAAGAAUCGUACCAUAAGCACAAACACAAUAAAUUCAGAUGUCGACGGUUUGGGCUUAAACAUCGAUGCAAAUACUUUUGAUUUAGCAGAAUUUAUUACCAAAGAUGAUUUUGCAAUAAAUUCUGUCACAGAAAAUGUAGUAACUGUUCCACAUACGAACGGCAACACAAUUAAUUUAAUGUCUCACAGAAAUUUAUUAAUGCCACAACCAGCUUUCGAAGCUAUAUCAUCCAAUGCCAAGGAAUCCGACUCUGAUUCUGAUAUCAUUGUUGACGUUGAAACUAUUGAGGCUGAUGAUGAUGAUAAUGUUAUUUUUUUGAGAAAAGCUUCAGAAUUGCUUAAUUCAAAGGUUCGAGAGGAACAAAUACAAGCCGAUGAAGACGUAAUUUAUGUUGAUAAUGUUACAAUGGAUCCUUCAUGGAUUCCCGGUCAAGCAGCAAAAAAGAUUGAUCAUGGUAAAACAGAGGAAAGACAAACUACCAUAAACAAGCAAAAUCUAGUACGAAAUAUCACUUUUGUGCCGAAUAAAAAACAAUGCGAUUUAUUAAAAGGCAAAUUUAGUAAAUGUAAAACAAAUGUAGUUCAAAAAACCACAAAAAAUUCCAAAACAAUAAAGCCAAAUGAAUCUGUUAUUGAACGAAAGACUGGCAUUGGUAUGGGAGGAAAAAAUUUGGCGUUGCUGAGGCAUGAUAGUCUCAAUAUAUCAGAACAUAGUUCCGAAGAAAAUUCUACAUACCGGAAGAUUCAAAUUAAUACAGAAAAGAAGUUGUCGCCAAUAUCGCCAUCCAUUCAAUCUAUUAAGUGGAAUGGAGAAACCCCUGCACAAAAGGCGGCACACGCUGUAAAGAGAAAACUAAACUUGGAAGAAUACAAAAAGAGGCGGGGAGAUGUUCCUACGGCCAUCAUGCAAGAUAACAUUGCGUUGGAAUCUAACAAAAUAGCAAAAUUGGAACAAAAGUCAACAUCAUCAAUAAGCUGCAAUGUAAAGAGUGUGUCAAAUAAUUUAACAAAUGUAACGGUAAAACAUAGCGAUGAGGUUAUAUCAGUCGUAAAAAGUCUUAAGGAGGAAAAAAAUAAUCCGCAGAAAACGGUUGUUGAUCCCAUUACAGAGGCUAAGAAUAAAGUUUUGCGCAUGCAGGAAUUAAAGAAAGCUCAGCAAAUGCGCAUUAUUGAUUCAACUAUUUCUGCAAAGGUUCCAAAAGUUACGAAACUAUUGCCGCUUCGAGAAAUUGUAAAAGAUUCGCCAUAUUUAAAUGAGGGAGUAAAUCUCAAUUUAUCAAUUCACUCUUCCAAAAGCCAUCCUGAUUAUGAAGAAAUCAUUAUUAUCUCUGCCAGCUGUAAUACCGAAAUUUCUAUACCUCCUACAUCCAAUCCAUGUUCGCAGACUGUUAACAAUGCCACCAGAUCUUUACUGAAAUCUUCUGCACUACUUUGCACUAUAUCUAACACCUUCCAGAAGGUAAAGGCCAACGAGAAUCGUACAAUAUCUACAAAUUCCCUUAUUGCCAGUAUCCAAGACGUAGUUGUAAAGAAAACCUUGCCGGUGGAAAAUAAGGAUGAUUCUAAUGUACUGUUAACGCCAGAACAUCAUGGCGAAGAUAAAAUUAUUAUGCACUUACGUAAGGAUAGAAUACGCAAGCAAACCUGUACAAUCAGCGUCCAAACAGAUUUGCAACCUGAAUUUCCUCCUUUGCCAUUACCCAAAAAUGCUAUGCAACACAAAUCACGGGAGCGAAUGCGUAGACAACGAAAAAAGCAAUAUCGCAAGCGCAAAGAGGUCGUAUCUUCGUCCUCAGAAUAUUCGGCAGGCGAACUAUCAGAUCAAUCCAUUGGAUCGUCGAUUUUACAUUCCCGUGACAAUAGUUCUUCUUCGUCAUUGGAACGUAUGCGCACGUACGACAGUGCCAUUGGAACUGGAGGUUAUUCUUCCCGGAGUAGCCGUAAACAUCGCAGCUCAAUCUCAUCUUCAUAUUCGGAUUCCAUCGAUCAUAAAUCUCGAGGACGGCGUCAGCGUAGAACUAGCUACAAGCAACGGUCUUCACGCAAAAUGUCCCCAGGCUUUGCGCACAGUUCAUCUUCUUAUACAUCAGAUUCAGACCGCUCCAGAAGUCCUGCAUAUAGGCGAUCGCGUAGCAGAUCUAACUCGCAAACAAUACGACUGCGACGUUCAAGCUAUCGCCCGAAUAAAAAUUAUAUAGAUCGUAAUGUAUCUCAACCAGCUGUAGAAGAACGUCGCAUCGUCUAUGUAGGACGAUUAGAGCAAGAAACUUCAAAAGAUGUGUUGAGACGUAAAUUCAUACAGUAUGGAACAAUCAAACAGAUAAGCAUUCACUAUAAAGAUACUGGUAUGAAGUAUGGAUUUGUUACUUUUGAACGUUCAAAUGACGCCUUUAAUGCCAUAGACAACAGCACACGUGAUCCUCAAAUAAGUAUGUACGAUGUCAGUUUUGGUGGCAGACGCGCAUUCUGCAGAGCUUCAUAUGCUGAUUUAGACAACGCUGGCAUCAACACCUAUCAAUCAUUUGUUUUCCCACAACAGCAACAACAGCCUAAAGAAGAGGAUUCAUUUGAGGCUCUUCUAAUGAAAAUGAAAGCCAAAUUGAAUGCUAAUAAAAGUAUAACUUCGACUACAGCGUCGCCAACUUCAUCGUCAUGUUCUUCAGUUAACACGAUAACAAAUUCAAGCGAUAAAAUUUGACAGCUAUAUUGCAUAUUUAGUCGCUGUCGUUCGGCAUAUUGCAAUAAAAAUGAAAAUUUUAAAAAUAUCA